UAGAAUCUGAUGAAACGUUACGCGGAAUGAACGCACCCAAGUUUACAAACGUUAUAAAGCCAUUCGACAUCAUGUCCUGACACCUUUGAAAGAUAACCAGAUGAUGGCAGUAUAUAACUGCGCAUGUCCACUAUGAGCCAGGCUUGGGAACAGACGGCUCCUCCCUCAGAAGGAGGAGGUGUGGAGGAGGAGCAGACCCAGGAGGAGAUCUCUCCUCUUUUAGCCCUGGCUCCAGAUGCCUCCCAGGAGGAGGAGAGCUUGGCCCAGGGCCCCAUUAUGUACUCUGCAUGCCCGGCCUUUCAGUGCCUGGACGAGCUCUUCUCCUUGGGAAAGAUCAGUGGGAACAAAAAUGCAAGGCUCAAAGCCAGUUUCAGCCUGCUCCAGAACACCUUGAGAAGCUCUCAGGAGUCAGAGGUCAAGCUGUUGCAGGAGGCCAAGUGGUUUCGGGCGGAGCUGGUGCGACAGCAGGGAGAGCUGGAGCAAACUGAGCCGGACACAGAAGUCAGCCGCAUGAGACAGCAGCUGCUCCAGUUCCACAACGACCUGCUUGAGGCUGAGACGAGGGAGUUCCAUGUGACCUAUCAGCUGGAGUGUCUUAAGGAAGAGAAGCGUUGCCUGGAGAAAGAGUGUGAGGCCACGCCGGAGCCUGUUGAGCUGGACAUGCGUGCCAAGUCCCUGAAGGAGAGCUGCGAGGAGCUGAGGAAGGAGGUGGCACAGCGGAGGCAGGAGGUACGCAGCCUGCUGGAGGACAAGGAGGCCAGGCAGAAACUGAUGGCCAGGGAGCAGAGGGACCUGGACGACAAGAGGGACAUCAUCAAAAAUAAAAAGGCUGAGCUGGCCCAGCUUCUCUCUGUACCCGGCCAGCUGGGGAAGGAGACUGACAGGAUCAACAGGAGAAAGAUGGAGGUGGAGAAACGUAUGGCGGCCCUAGACCAGCAGCUGUCUGAGAUGGCAGCUCAGCAGAAGAAGACUGAGGCCCACUGCCGCUCUCUGGAGGAGGAGAAGAGGGAGGUGAUGAGGGAGGUGGAGGGGCGCAGGGCACACGUGGAGGCUGCUGAGAGGGAGCACUCCAUGCUGCAGACAGAACAGAACAUGGCCAAGGAGAAGGAGGUCCUUCUGUUGGGACAGAGAGGUAUGCUGGACAUCAACAUCGGCCAGUGCAUUGUGGAAAAAAAGAGUGUGCACAAGAGACUGGCAUGGAAUCAGCGGGAACAUGACAGGCAGCUCAGAGAGCUGAAGAAGGUUGAGCUUCAGCUCAGGGUGGCCCAAGAAGCCCUAGUGCCCACUCAGCAGCUGCACGACCAGACCAGGUCUACGUGGGAUGCUCUACCCAAAGGGGAUGGGAUUCUGAACAGGAGACAGGAGUUACAGCUAGAAGUGGAAAAGCUCAAGAGAAAUUGGAUUGAUCAGCGGUCGGCAACCCAGGUGGAGGCCCAGCUAGUGGAGCAGUGUGUCAAACAGGAACAGGAGCUGGUGAGGGAGUCACACCGACGCAGAGAGGAGCUGCACUCCCUCAACUGUCUGACUCAGAUUAAAGCUGACGAGAGAGAGCAGAAGUCCAGGGAACUAGUCAAGGCUCAGCAAAGAUGCAAUCGCUUCAAGCAAGAGCUGACAGGCAAAGGUCUGGUGAUCCAGGAACACAAGAAGCAGCACCAGGAGAUCCAGGCCAGGCUGCGCAUGUUUGCUAAGCUGUAUGACAACAUCAAGGUGGAGAGAAACAAGUACUUAACGCUCAUACAGAGGGGAUCCAAGAGAGCCAAUGAGAUGAGGGAACAUUUAAAGAUGCUGACAAACGAGUACGAGAUCCUCCGUACGCAGGCCUUCAACAAGGAAAAACUGCUCCAGAAGUCCCGUCUGAAGCGUAUCCACUGCCACAUUAUCAGGGACAGUCUAAGGAAGGACGUCUCUAAGGUGUCCUGGGUGCUGCAGGGGUUGAGGCAGAAGAGGGAGGAGCAGAAGCUGAACCUGGUCAACCUGACCCACAUGAUCAACUACCAGGAACAGAACCUGCUACAGAUGAGGAAGAGCCAAGACAUGGCAGUGCAAAGUCGUAACGAGAGAGGUGUUCAGCUGCUGGAGCGCGAGGAGGAGAUAUGCGUCUUCUACGAGAAGGUGAACGUUCAAGAGGGCCUGAUCAGAGCCGGCAACAUGGAGAUGCAGGCGCUGGAGGAGGAGAUUCACAGCCUGCGGAUGGUCGUCCAGGAGGAAGGACGACAGAUAGCUGUCAACCGGAAACAGCUGCCCUGCCUGCGGGCCUUGGAGGACCAAAGCACCAUGCUGAAGAUACAGCUGUCAGAGUGUAAGGACCGCACGCUGGAGCUUGAGGAAGCGCUGGAGGAUCCAGUGUAUGAGAAAAGGGCCCGGGAGCUGGAGGGCAAAAACCCCUCUCCUGUUGAGCUCAUCCAGAAGAUAGAACAGUUGGAGGGUCGCUUGGCAGAAAGAGAAGAGCAGCUCCUGGAGAAGGACUUGGUGUUUGAGCAGGUGUCCCGACUCUCUCAGCGAAUCAGAGCAAAGGCCGAGAACGGCAAACAGGACACACUGGAUCUGGCCAAGAUGGUAAAUGAGAUCCAGGGACGUAUCAAGGAGACGACCAGGCGGAUGAUGGCCGUGGUGGCUGAACUGGCGAUGCGCCAGGCUAGUGCCAUGACACUACAGCAGGAGCUUAAGGACAGGGAGCUGUUUCUGGACACCUGCUACCAGCGCUUGGAGCAGGGCCUGCCGCCGUCUGAAGACCUGGAGCUGGAGUGCCAACGCAUUCUGAAGGAUGAGCAGCGCAGGCUGGCUGACCAGCAGGAGAAGGACAGGCUGGUGGAGGAGGACGAGCGGAGACAGUUGCCCAACGGUGUGCACACCACGGCCGAGGCCCGGCCCACGGCCUACAUCCCCCCAGGGGACGUCCUGCCCCUACCCAAGCCCUACGGAGCCCUGGCCCCCUUCAAGCCCUCCGAGCCCGGCGCCAACAUCAGACACAUCCGCAAACCGGAACCCAAACCCAUCGAGAUUUAGUCCUGGACCAAACACAUCCAGGUCCGGAACCCGUUUCCACCCAGAGCCACUUCUGAAACAAGUCUAACUGAGACCUGGGACUAAUGUGUCAGAAAUGUCCUCUGAACUCAAUUCGUUUGACUUUUAUUUUGGAACUCUCACCACUUCCUAUGACGACCUGGUUGGUAAGGACAGCCAAUCCCUGUAUGGACUUUAACAGCAAAAGAGCAUCUCAUUAAAGUAGGAGUAUUCUUAACAUUGUCUGCAGAGUCUUGGCGUUUGCUUUUAUUUCCAACAGACUCUGAGCUUGGAUGCGUCUGGGUUUCAUUACCGCUGAGGUCAGAUAUGCGGGUCUAUCUGGUAGUACUGGAGGUUUUUUAAGUUCUUCCCCAGUAACUUCCCUCAUGAUCUUUUCCGAGGGGUUUUCACUAGAAUUCAUUAAAACAAAUUUGUAGUGGGGAGAAGAGAGAGUGAAAAUGAGGCAGGCAAAUACAUUCAAUGUUGGUGUGUGUGCGUUCCUUAAGCAGUGAUGGAAAAUAUAAAAGUUUGGCUCUGGGAGGUCGGCAUACUGGAUGCUUGUACAGUCCAGUGAGAUCAGAUAUUCUGUAGAACUCGGUCCUCUCAGCCAGCAGGGCGUUUUCAGAACUCUGAACCAGAACAGUCCAAAAGGACUUGAUACUCACGCGAUUAUUUAAGAAUGUAUUUCAGUUUACUUGGCAUCCCAAUUUACAGGCGAAAUCUGAUCUCGCAGAGGGAGUGGAAGUUGACAUAUAUGCAAAGAAACAGAGACGGCUUAUAGUCUGAACUCAGCACACGUGUUGCUGACAAAACUGUGUGACUUCCAGAGACUGGCAACAGGGUCAAUAAAUCAUCAACUUUCCAACACAGUCGUG